AUGGCCCCUCCUCCUUCCAAGGUCGAAGAGGCCAAAUCUCUGGCCAAAUCCGAUCCUCAAAAAGCCGAAGGUGUGUACAAAGAAGUCCUGGCCAAAUCCCCGGGCUCCAAUCAGGCUGCCCUUCAAGACUAUGAGAAUGCUCUUGUUGGGCUUGGGGAGCUCUAUCGAGACAACAAACGGACAGACGAUCUUGCCGAACUGGUCAAGACGAGCAGAUCGACACUAUCAUCCUUUGCUAAAGCGAAGACGGCCAAACUAGUACGACAACUCCUUGACUUCUUCACCGAAAUCCCAGACACCCUCGAAAUACAGAUUUCCACCACCAAAUCAUGUAUCGAUUGGGCCAAUUCCGAAAAACGAUCGUUCCUCCGACAAAACCUGGAAACGAGGCUCGUCAGUCUCUACAUGCAGAAGCAGGCUUACUACGAUGCUCUGACCCUCAUCAACGGUCUGUUGCGAGAAUUGAAGAGGCUCGAUGAUAAGCUGGUCCUGGUUGAAGUGCAGUUGCUGGAAUCGAGAGUCUAUCAUGCCCUGACGAACCAGGCCAAGGCUAGGGCUGCGUUGACAUCAGCAAGAACAUCAGCGGCUUCAGUCUACACUCCACCUCUUCUCCAGGCGGGAUUGGACAUGCAGAGUGGAAUGCUGCACGCCGAGGACAAAGAUUUCAACACGGCAUUCUCCUAUUUCAUCGAGGCUCUGGAUGGAUACCAUGCUCAAGAUGACACUGCUCGCGCAACGUCGGCUUUGCAGUACAUGCUACUGUGCAAGAUCAUGCUGAACCUGGUGGAUGAUGUCAACUCGCUACUGUCUUCCAAGCAGGCAUUGAAAUAUGCUGGCACUAAUCUGGAAGCGAUGAAGGCAGUGGCUAGAGCUCAUUCGAAUCGAUCCCUGGAGGAGUAUGAGCAAGCUCUUUCUAGCUAUCGAUACGAAUUGGGCAGUGAUGUUUUCAUCCGCAAUCACCUACGACGACUAUACGAUGCUAUGCUAGAACAGAAUCUGAUCAAGGUGAUUGAACCAUUCAGCAAGGUAGAGAUCGACCAUGUCGCCAAGAUGGUGGGCCUCGAUACUCAACAAGUGGAAAGAAAACUAUCACAAAUGAUCCUCGACAAGGUCAUUAUUGGUGUUUUGGACCAGGGAGAAGGAUGUUUGAUUGUCUAUGACGAGGUGGAACGUGAUGCCGGCUACGAUGCCGCAUUGGAGACAAUUGAGAAACUCAGCAACGUGGUGGAUGUAUUGUACACUAACCAGGCGGCUCUGUUAGAAUAG